AUGGGUCCCCGAAAAGGUCAAACUCAAAAAAAAGAAGAACAAGUUAGUCUCGGCCCACAAGUGGCUGAUGGAGAAAUUGUCUUUGGAGUUGCGCAUAUCUAUGCAAGUUUCAAUGAUACAUUUGUUCAUGUUACCGAUUUAUCUGGAAAAGAAACGAUUGCUCGUGUUACAGGUGGAAUGAAAGUAAAAGCUGAUCGUGAUGAAGCCAGUCCAUACGCGGCUAUGUUAGCAGCUCAAGAUGUUGCUGAACGAUGUCGUGCACUUAAUAUUACAGCGUUACACAUUCGAUUACGUGCGACAGGUGGAAAUAAAACUAAAACACCGGGACCUGGAGCACAAUCAGCUUUAAGAGCAUUGGCUCGUAGUGGAUUAAAAAUUGGAAGAAUUGAGGAUGUUACACCAAUUCCAUCAGAUAAUCAAGAUGGAUGUACCGAAGUAUCCCUUGCCUAUUGUUUUCAUUGUCAGUUGUGUUUAUGUUUAUCUCAUUUAACACGUCAUGAAAAACUAAUAAAAUUUAAUUCAUCAGAAUUGAAUUAUCGUACCAAUGAACUUAUACGUACAAUUAGUCAGAAAUCAAUGGAUGAUAAUAUUAGACAAUUAAAAAUAAAAUUAGAAAAAUGGAAAGUAGAGAUGGAGACUAAACUUGAUCGAAUGUAUCAAAGAGCAUUCUGUGAACUUGAAAAUAUCGAUCAAAAUUAUGAUAGAAUCAAAGAACAAGCCAUAUACGAACUUAAAACAUCGAUAUUAUCCAAAUAUGAUUUGUAUAAUAAUCAACAACCAAUUUCUUCUGAAAAAUUGAACGAAAUGACCAAUGUAUAUGAGCGAAUCAAACAAAAUAUGAUGAAUUUUUCAUUAUUGAAAUUUAAUUUUGAUCAAGUGAAGAUCAAAGGAAAUUUGAAAUUAAUUAGAAAUGAUAGUGGCGAAACUCAAAUGCCAAAACAAAAUUCUGAAGUUGGAAAACCAUUCGUUUUCACAGAUAAAAACGAUAAUUUAUAUAAAAUUGAUCGUGUUCCUGUCAUUUCGUAUUCGUUAACAUCAUCUGAUGAACAUAUUUUGAAUGAAAAUGUUGAUGAUUCAAAAUUAGAAUUACUUACUUUGGACACAGAAUUGAUGAAAGAGUUUGAUUGGUCAACAGAAAAUGAUAAAAUUGUUGAUAUACAACAUAAUUCUCACGUAAAACUAUUUUAUAUUUUGACACAAACAUCAUUGUUUACUUUAAAUCCAUACGAUUUUACGUUGGAUAAAAUUCAAGAAAUUAAGCCUCCCAAUAGUCAAGAAUUCUAUUUAUCGAUGACAUUUUCAUCUAAACAGGAUAACAUCUUUAUACUCUAUCAAGAAACAAAAUAUAUUGAACGAUGGACAAUCACAAAAUUAAAUAUGCAAAGACUCCUUUUUAUACCCUCAUUUAUGCCUGUCAUUGGACCUUAUGGCUAUUUGUUAGCCGAUCGUUGGUCAAAAAUUGAUAUUUUAGCUGAUAGUAGUCAACGUCGGCGACCUAGCUUGGACUAUGAAUCAGUUCGUGAUAUUCGAUGUUCAUCAACAGAUCAUUUAGCUUUAAGUGUGUUGAGAAAUCAAAAGUGGCGUAUUGAUUUAUUUACAUUUGAUAUGCAAUGUGUUCACCGUGGUUUAAGUGGGAUAAGAGUAUUGAAUAACGGCAUCUCACCACGUCUAAUCUUUAUACCAAAACAAGCCAAUCACUGGCUAUUUGUGCAGAGUAAGAAUAUUUGGCUAUUAGCUAGUGGACGAGAAGAAGAUGGAUAUGAACGAAAACUAUCGAAAAAUCUACAAGGUGAAAUAGUAAAUGCUUGCUUUCUCACUGAAAAUUAUCUUCUCUUGAAAGUUGUCAAGCCAAAUGAACUGAAACUACUCAGCAUCCCACAAGAACCACAACAACAGAUGCUCGAUUAGUCAACGACCUGCUCUUAUAAUGUAUUCGCUUUGUGAUCUUCUAGUUCCGAGUUUGAAGCACUCAUCAACAGUAUUUUCUUUCUCGUGAACUGUUUUAGUUGUUAUCUUUUAGUCUAUUAUAUAUAUCUUCUUUUUGGUGAACGUAUUCUUUUUCUUUCCGUUCAUGUGUUUGACAAUGCACUCGUUGCAACUGUACAUACAAGUUGGUUUUGUUUGACUAAUAAAGAAUACUAGAGGAUCAUGUUGAUCUGAGUUUUCGGUUUUGAUCAGAUCGAUUUCUUGUGACCAUUUUACUUUCUCUACCUCUUGAUCACUCUGUGUUUUGUCUACUUUUGGAUAUCAUAAAUGUCUGUUCAUGGCUUAUUGAAAGUUCGCACCAGUGCCGA